UCCUUUUCUUAAUUUAAAUUAAUCAUUUGAUUCAAAGUUUCUCAUUUUACAAGAAGCAUUUGUUCAUUACUAUACACUGAAAGAAGUCAAAAAUUUAGUUUUUUUUUGUUUGUUUGCGAAGUAGUAGGGUUUUGGUCUGAUUUGAUUUGAUCUCUCCUGAGUUUUUUGUCGGUUGGGUUCCGUUUGUUAUAUUUCUACAGUAUUAUUAAAUCGACAAAAGAAAAAAAAAACAAAAGGAGAGUUUUAGAGUUGAGAUCACUGCAGAGAGAAAAAUGGGAUCUUCUUCAGGACAAAGUGGAUAUGAUCUGUCUUUCAAGAUCUUGUUGAUUGGAGAUUCUGGUGUUGGUAAAAGUAGCUUGCUUCUCAGUUUCAUUUCCAGCUCUGUCCAAGAUCUUGCUCCUACCAUCGGUGUUGAUUUUAAGAUCAAACAGCUGAAAGUAAGAGGAAAAAGAGUAAAGCUGACAAUCUGGGACACAGCUGGACAAGAAAAGUUCAGAACAUUGACAAGUUCUUAUUUCAGAGGCUCCCAAGGAAUCAUUCUAGUUUAUGAUGUGACGAAAAGAGAGACGUUUCUGAACUUGGCAGAUGUUUGGGCCAAAGAGAUUGAGCUCUACUCGACUAACCAUGACUGCAUUAAGAUGCUCGUUGGAAACAAAGUUGACAUAGAAUCUGAGAGGAAGGUAAGCAGAGAAGAAGGAACGGCUCUAGCGAAAGAACUCAAGUUUUUGUUUCAUGAAUGUAGCGCAAGAACCCGAGAAAACGUGCAGCAAUGCUUUGAAGAGCUUGCUCUCAAGAUAAUGGAGGUACCUAGUCUUUUGCAAGAAGGAUCAAGCUCUCUGAAGAGAAAACCUGACUCCAGAACUCAUCAAAGCCGGUGCUGCUCGUGAGGUCAUUGAUGAGAACCCGCCUAGGCUCUUUUGUGUGUAAAUUUAUCAAGAAGAUGAACCUUGCCUUGUAAAUCUAUCAGUUCAUUAGAUUGUUCUUUUUACCUCGACUGAGAUUGUGUAAUAAUAAGUUAAUAACCUCACUAUAAAUAUCUUAUUUCGAUC